AUUUUGGAUUGUCAACUGUAAGAUGCCGCACGCGACGAACCGAAUCUGUCGCGAACCACAUCUCCAUAUCCCAAUUUGCAUAGCAUGAAGAAAAACCAUAUCGCAAAUCACAACCACAGUACACAAUAAUAGUCUACGUGCACCUCUUAGGCCAACUAAUUAGGUAUCCUGAUAAUGUUAUAAAAACGACCAUACGAAUAUUCAAAUUCACCCUCCCCUUGGCUCGGCGUUAGCUUCGAUUGCGGCCUCGGUCCUAUUCCCCUAGCCUAUCCUCCCAACCGUAGUCAUGAGCGACCUUGAUAAAGCGAUCGCUCAACUCCGAGCAUGUCGUCCGAUCCCCGAGGCGCAAGUUAGGGAACUUUGCCAUAAGGCUCGAGAGCUCUUGAUCGAGGAAGGAAACGUUGUUACAGUCACAGCCCCUGUAACGAUAUGUGGUGAUAUCCACGGACAGUUUCACGAUCUGAUGGAACUCUUCAGGGUUGGAGGCGAUCCACCAGAUACAAAUUACCUUUUCAUGGGCGACUUCGUCGACCGUGGCUUCUACUCACUAGAAUCCUUCCUCCUACUCCUCUGCUUAAAAGUCCGCUAUCCCGAUCGUAUGACCCUUAUCAGGGGCAACCACGAGUCUCGUCAGAUAACGACAGUUUACGGAUUCUACGAUGAAUGCCUCCGAAAAUAUGGCAGUGCUAACGUUUGGAGGUAUUGCUGCGAUGUUUUCGACUAUCUCGCCCUCGGAGCUAUAGUGCUCAACGCGUCGAAUACCCUCUCGCCUCCUAAUGAGAUGACACCCAGCGAGGAAUAUACCCAGCAGGAUAUUGAGAUUGAGGUAUGCAAUGCGGAUGGAGAUAUCAUGAGUCGAUUUAUGAGACGAGGCAGCGAUCAAUCUCUAGAUCGGGAGCAGAAAAGUCCUAACGGAAUCCAGCCUAAGACUGGCCCUCCAGGGUCAGGCGCGUCGGGCUCCAGUGGGGGCACCAUCGGCAACCCGACAGGAGCGGUUUUAUGUGUGCACGGCGGUUUAUCACCCCUGAUCGAUACGGUGGAUAAGAUCCGCCUAUUGGAUCGCAAACAAGAGGUACCUCACGAGGGCGCCAUGUGCGACCUCUUAUGGUCUGACCCGGACGAGAUUGACGGCUGGGGUCUGUCGCCACGCGGCGCAGGCUUCCUCUUUGGCGCGGAUAUUGUCAAGGUUUUCAACCAUAAGAAUGACCUUUCGCUCAUUGCGCGCGCCCACCAGCUCGUCAUGGAAGGGUUUAAGGAGAUGUUCGAUGCAAGCAUUGUUACGGUUUGGUCGGCACCUAACUACUGUUACCGAUGCGGCAACGUGGCCGCCGUCCUAGAGUUGUCUGAGGACCCGACCGGAGAGAGUUUUUUCGCGCGCAGCAACGGCGAUGUGGGCCGGAGCGAUGGUGGAGUAGAGGGUGUUAUGAUGGAGAGCGAGAAGAGGCUCAAGAACGGCCCAGCAAGGAGAUAUCGCGUAUUCCAGGCCGCGCCGCAAGACUCCAGGGGUAUGCCUGCUAAGAAACCAGUGGCAGACUACUUCCUAUAGGACCCCCUUGUGUGAGGGCUGGAUUGUAUAGUACGAAAUUGUUGGUAACGGACGUAGCAUUCCGCUCAAGACGGACCAUCAACAGUGUUUUUUACGCCCUUUGGUAUGAUACCUGGCGGAGUUCCGGAGACAUCCAAUGUCACAGAGAGAAGCAGAUUUCGGAUUAAUGAUUAUAACUAGGCGGCGUAUUCUGGUCUCCAUGAGAAUAGAUGCAGAGAGAAGAUAUCCAUAUAAUCAUACUAGGAUAUAUUCCCCGAUCAGCCUACUACUACUGGGCACAUUUUCACCUCACGUGAAUGGGACAAGACGAUUCGGUGUUUGUUGUGACAACAUAGGAAUAACUAGAG